AUGCCUCCUGCGACUACUCAGAAUAGCUCAGCGCAGAAACAUGCUUCCCCCAGUUUCAACGCCGGGGCCAGACCAUACAGAUCGCACAAAGUCAGGGCUUGCGAUCUCUGCAGAAAGCGCAAAUCCCGAUGCACUGUGGAUAUUCCCGGCCAAUCAUGCUUGCUCUGUCGGGUUCAAGGUGCCGACUGUCAUUAUCAGGAGGAACCCCUUCCGGAUGCUUCGAUCUCCAAUGGCUCUGAUUCUAAACGAUGGUCUGUCGACCAGGUCAGUGAGGGUUUGAGUACGGGACAGAAACGCAAGCGUACGCCCGAUACUACUAUCUCCUCUCCUAAUCCAUCUCGAAGGCGUGAGAGUUUCAGUCGGCCGCGUGCCUAUUCUGAUAGUCGCGGAACCGACCGUAGACGCAAUGGAACAGAAGACCCCCAUAAUGAAUCCGUCUUCAUUGUCGGUCCCGUGGUGGCCGACGAUGCGCAGGUGAUCGAGAAAUUCAUGCCCCCGGAAGAGCGUUCCAGCAAGUCUGUGGAGCCAAAGAGUCACCCGUACAACGUCUACUCGAGUGAUCCGCGCAAACCGAUCCUCUACACCACUGUCUCCAGGCGGAGACAGGGUAUGCGCGUCGGUGUUCCCCCUGGUGAAAACCAGAAGGAAAUCCUUGAACAGAUCCUUGGCCCUUUCAAGCAUGAUCUAGUCAGGCUUUUUCUCGAUAGGUUCAACAUAGCUUUCCCGAUAUUUGAUGGAGAAAGCUUCUGGGAAGCAUAUAUAUCGGAGUCAUCAGGCGAACCACCGGCGUCCCUUCUCUGUCAAGUGUACUCCAUGUCAUUAGUCUACUGGAAGCACACGCCUAAGCUCGCAUGCCAUCCGAAACCCGAUGUUCGGUAUGCCGUGAACAUGACGGUAGCCGCCCUCCACGAGGAAUUCUCGGCACCUGGCCUAUCAACGAUCAGCGCUGCUCUAGUAGAUUUGACCGGACGUCCGAUCUUUUCGAUGACGGGUAACGCCAUCAGUUGCGGUCGACUUGUCGCACUAGCUCAUUGCUUGGGCCUCAACCGGGACCCUAGCAACUGGAAGCUGUCUCCCCAGGAGAAGAACAAUCGUAUUCGUUUAUGGUGGGGCGUCGUUAUCCAUGACCGUUGGGGAAGCUUUGGACAUGGAGUUCCUCCUCAAAUCGCCAAGAAUCAAUACGACGUUCCUCUUCCCACCAUCGACGUGUUGGUACCACCAUCGCACCGGACCACGGAACGAGUGAGGGCAGCCCACUGUCACAUCUGCCUUUGCCGUUUGACGGAGAUUCUGGGAGAGUUGCUGCCGCUUGUUUACGGUCUGCAGCAUAGCUUACCACGCGAGACGACUAAAAAGCUGCGACAGAUUCAAACGGACCUCGACAUGUGGGAAGACUCUCUUCCUGACUGGCUCAGAACACCGGUGCAACAUAGCUCCGAGUCGCGCGUGUCAGGAAUCAGUAGCCUGCAGUUAUCCUUCCUCGCAGUUAAGAUGCUGGUGAGCAGAGUCGAGCUCAAGGAAGUGAAUAAUGCCGAGACGGACAACCCAGAAGCCCGCCGGUACUUCCAGACCGAGUGUCGAAAAUCAGCAGAGGAGAUUGUGCGAUUUAUCUCGUCUCUGCGCAAGCAAAACUUUCAAGAAUUCUGGCUACCAUACAGCGCAUUCCACCUCACAUCAACCGCCACCCUCCUCGUCCGCUGCGCCCUAGAAACAACAGACAGCGAAGUAGCCCGCUCCUGCCUCGCAAACGUCGAAACUUUCCGGAGCAUCCUGCGCCGCGUCAGAGAAGAAGAAGACUGGGAUGUCGCCGACAUGUGCCUCGAUCACUGCGAACGCAUCCUCAACCGACUCGCCGCCAACGGAGGCACGGCAGACCCGACCCUCAACCCGUCGACUGGUCAAUACGACAAUCGUAUCGUGAAUCCAGCUGCCAUCUCGCUCCCUGUCUCGCUCCCUGAAACCCAAACCAACAAUGAUAUCGUGGACGAUAUGAUGUCUAUCUCGGGGACAUUCGGGACCAUGGACGGAUUCCCCUUUGACAUGACUGGGAUUUGGGAUGUAUCUGUCUUUCAGGAUGUCAAUCUCACGUAG